UGACCAGUCACAGAGCCAACUAAUGAUAGUCUGAGAUGAAUUCCUGUUGUAAAAAAUCAAACGUGGUGGCUGGUGUUUUUAUUACCAUCUUCAUGUCAGUAAUGAGUUUUUCCUACUUCAGGCAAAUACAUUUUCUUUCCACGUUGGUGCAUGAAACGAACACCUCUUCCAUGCCAACACCAUAUUCUAACUUAUGCCAAGGGACUCCUGCAUAUAACACCAUCACACCCUUGAAAGAUAAUCAAACCUUCAUCAUUGCUCCAUACUUUGACAACAGAAAGAACAAAAUGACGCGAGUGAUUUCAAUAGUCCACCACAAAGAAGUCAAGGAAUUUUACUGCUGGUUCUGCAACCCAGCCAGUGGUCAAAUAUACACCUCCAAGGCUGAAAUAGAUGUCCAUUCUGAUAGAUUUGACUUCCCUUAUGGAACUGCAGACUUGAAAUGUCUGGAACCAAGAGACUGGGAACCACGUUAUGUGUCAAUACAUUGGUCUCCUACAGGAGAUAUUGACCAGCUACCGCUGUUUGAAAUAAGAAACCGCGAUCCUGAAGGUUCCCUUGUGGAAUUCACAGUCUGCAUCUCCACCAUGUUUGGAGAGUACAACAAUGUCCUGCAGUUUGUGCAGAGCAUGGAGAUGUAUAAAAUCCUUGGGGUGGGCAGAGUGAUGAUCUACAAGAACAGCUGCAGCCCACUGAUGAAGAAAGUGCUGGAUUACUAUAUUGCAGAAGGGAUUGUGGAGAUAAUCCCCUGGCCCAUUGAUUCAUACCUCAAGGUCUCUACUUAUUGGCAUCAUUCAAUGGAUCCCAAGGACAUUGGCUACUAUGGACAAAUCACAGCCUUGAAUGACUGCAUCUAUCGCAAUAUGUACAGGAGCAAAUAUGUGCUGCUCAUUGAUGCGGAUGAAAUUAUUCUACCAGGGAAGUAUCCAGAUUGGAAAACCAUGAUGCAGAACCUUCAAGAACAGCAUCCAGGCGCUGGUGUUUUCCUCUUUGAAAAUCACAUCUUCCCUAAAACUGUAUUUACACCCACCGACAUGUUCAACGUGUCUUCUUGGAGCACAGUGCCUGGAGUUAACAUACUGAAUCAUGUCAUUCGGGAACCUGACAGGAAAAAUGUCUUCAAUCCUCGGAAAAUGAUAAUUGAUCCAAGGAAAGUGGUUCAGACAUCGGUCCACUCUGUUCUCCAUACGUACGGGAACACCAUUUAUGUCCCGAUGGAUGUCGCUCUUAUUUAUCAUUGUCGGGUUCCUCUACAAGCAGCUCUUCCUAGAGAAUCACUCAUUAAGGACACAACACUCUGGAGAUACAAUGUGUCGCUUAUUGGGAGUGUCAACAAAGUUCUCCAGCAUAUAGCUGUGUAAGUAAAGGUGUAAAGCUGAGUGAGA